CUCCGUGUGCUUGAAGAUCGCAUUCGGGAGCACUCUUCGCCCACGUCGUCAAUAAACAUCGUUAACGCGGUUAAAUUACUUGGUAAACCUGACAAACAUCAGUGAGGUUGAACGCUUCAUUAACAUAGUUGCCAAAUCUAUUGACAAACGUGACCAUCCGUGAUUUCUCUUUCGGCCUUCAAGGCGACAUCUUCCGUGCUGUGGGUACGCAGUCUCCCAAGUGGCUCCAACAAGUGGUGACUUCGGUUCUCCGUGGCGUUCGGGAGUUCUUGCCGUGCGGUUGAGCAUCGCAUCUGGGACUACACUUCAUCAACAUCACCACUUCAUCAACAUCGCCAAGAACUUUCGUUAACACAGUUAACUGACUUAGUAAACUUCGUUGACUAACAUCAACGAGGUUGAACACGUCAGUAACAUCGUUAACAAAGUCGUUGACAAAGUGAACAUCCACGACAUCUCUUUGUACCGUCAAGACUAUGUCUUCCGUGAGUACAUUUGUCCCUUUUGCAUUCGUCGACACACAUGCACAUAUGUUACACACACCCGCGUGUCGCCUUCACACAGACAAACAGACAGACGAAUGUCACCCUAGAUUCGUAUGGGCGGCUGGGGAAAGCGUUGUUAGUGCGCUUCUAUUAAGACUAAGGCAGCAAACAAGUGAUCCUUUUGGUCCGCACCAUGCUGCCUUUCCCUCCCCAGUGUUGAUGUUUAUACACUGCACUGGGUCAUCAGUGAAAGCUUAGUCGACCUUUCCCUAUUUCCUCACCCCCGCGUGGCCCCCUACAGAACCCCCCCCUGCCUGGAUGGGAUAGGGGUUGGGGCACGGGAGGGGAUGUGGGAUCCACGUGGGGGGACAGAGGGCAAGUGGGGGGCGUCCCGUUGUGCUAUUUUUCCGUAGACUUGCAAUACUUUGCCGUGAUUGGUCGAAGCGGUAUCCACACGCGUGAAGUUAGAUUUGGGGAGUGACACACGUGGGGAGGGACCCUGGGAGUGAGAAAUAAAAUUAUGGUUACCAUUGUGAUCGUUAUGGUGGUGAUGAUGAAGACGGUAAUGAUGGUGGUGGUGGUUAUAAACUGUGAUGUGAGUCUCAUGUGCGCUGCUGUGAUUUUGUUGCAGGGUGGAGAGAAGAGCAAGCCGAGGGGAAACCCUGGCUCGAAGAGGCAGCGCAAGAGGAUGCACUGUGCCAUAAGACUAGAAGCUGAGCGCCAGAUACGGGAGCUUGAGAUGAUCCUGCUGGAUCGUUGUGCACAGCAGCAGGCCAAGUAUCAGCAGGAGCUGCUGGAAUUCCAGAACAGCACCGAGCUGAAGAGCUUCAUCAUCCACCACCAGCAGCAAAAGGCAGAAGAGCAGCAGCAGGCAGAAGUCAACGCUAGUAAUGAGGAUGUGCAGCAGACAUGUCAAAAUAGCAAGAAGGUUGAGAACGAGAUGGAGGAGAUGGAGAAAGUGGGGGAGAGAAAUUGUAUGAAGAGAAAACGUGGGAGUAGGAAGAAACAUAAGAACAAGAAGAAAGUUCUGGAGGAGACGGUGAAAGAAGAGGUGGCUGAGAGAGAGGGGAGUGAGGGAAAGCCCAUGCAGGAAAUGGUGGAGGUUGGGAUGAUUGAGGUAGAGAUGAUUGAGACAGUGGCUUUGGAGGAUGUGAUGAAGGAGGUAGAGUUGAAUAAGGUAGAGGUGUUAGAAGGAGAUGGCAAGCGGGAAUUAGCGAAUGAGGCAGAGGUAGUGGUGAUUGAGGUAGAAGCAAUGGCAAAGCAGGAAGUGGUGGAAGAGAUAGCGGCCAAUGUCAUAGAUGGGAUUGAGAGAGAUGCAAAACAGGUAUUAGCAGAAGAGAUAGAGCCAAAUGAGAUAGAUGGGAAUGAGGGAAUAGCCAAUCAGGAAGUGGCAAAGAAAGUUGCGAAUGUUGUGGAGACAAAGAAAGAGGGAGAGGAUUGUGUUCAGAGGAAACGUAGGAAUAGGAAGCUACGAAGGACUAAGAUUAACGUUCUGGAAGUAGAAGAGAUGAAGGAAAACGAGAUUGAGAGAGAAGGGAAUGAUGGAGAGCCCAAAAAGGAAGUGGCGAGUGAGGUAGCGGUGAUAGAUGCAGUGGCCACGCAGAAAUUUGUGAAAGAGGUAGUGGUCAAUGUCCUAGAAGGGAUUGAGAGAGAUGCCAAGGAGGACUUAGGGAAAGAAGUAGAGGCAAGUGAGGUAGAUGGGAAUGAGGGAAUAGCCAAACAGGAAGUGGCUAAGAAAGUUGACAAUGUUGUGGAGACAAAGAAAGAGGGAGAGGAUUGUGUUCAGAGGAAACGUAGGAAUAGGAAGCUACGAAGGACUGAGAUGGAAGUUCGCGAAGUAGAAGAGAUGAAGGAAAACGAGAUUGAGGGUGAGGGGAAUGAUGGAGAGGCCAGGAAGGAAGUGGUGAAAGAGGUAGUGGCCAAUGUCGUAGAAGGGAUUGGGAGAGAUACAAAGCAGGAAUUGGUGAAACAGGUAGAGGCAAUUCAGGUCGACACGAUUGAAGAAAAGGCCUUGCAGGUCUUGAUCAAUGAGGUAGAUACGAAUGAGGUAAAGGCCAAACAGGAAAUGUCAAAAAAAGUUGAGAACGUGGUGGAGGAGAUAAAACAGGAAGGGGCAAAGGAGGUUGAGGCAUAUGUAGUAGAUGCCAUCCAGGAAGUGGCAAAAGAGGUAGAGGAAAUUGAGGGAGAGUCCAAGCAGGAGGUGGUUACAGAGGUGGAGCCGAAUGAGGUAGAGGUGAUUGAUGUAGAAGUGGAGGUAGCAGUGAUUGAGCUCAAGGCGAAUGAAGUAGAGGCAGUCGAGGUAGAUGCCAACCAGGAAGUGGCAAAAGAGGUAGAGGAGAUUGAGGGAGAGUCCAAGCAGGAGGUGGUUACGGAGGUGGAGCCGAAUGAGUUAGAGGCGAAUGAGGUAGAAGUGACUGAGGUAGAAGUGGAGGUAGGGGCUAUUGAGGUGGAGGAGAGUGAGGCGAUUUUGGUAGAGGCGAAUGGUGUAGAGGCAAUAGAGCUAGAGGCAAAAGAAGUAGGAGCUAUUGAGUCAGAGGCAAAUGAGGUAGAGCUGAAGGAGGUCGACAUGAUUGAAGACGAUACAAAGCAAGUGGUGAAUGAGGAAGGGGGAUGCGAGCAACUUUGGAGGGCAGACAUUGUUCAGGAAGAGAAGAAAGAGAUUAAGCACAUCCCAUCUUCUAAGGGAGAGAGAAAGAACAGUUUCUGGCGUUGGGCAAUUUGGAGCUUCCUGGGCUGCACACGGCAGCUGGAGAACGAUGAGGAAGAGGAGAAUGAACGAGGAGACAGAGGGAAGGAGCGCCAAGACCAGGAGCUGGGAAACAAGAAGAAAGAAAAAUGGUGGAGACUCCGCGGAGGGAGAAACUAGCGUGUUCUCCCAGACAUAGACAUUGAGACGUGGUUGGAUGGACAUGUAUAUCUAUAUAUGUAUAUAUAUUUUAAGUUGUAAUAAAAACGUACUUAUGUUUCUUGAACUUGACUUCUGAUACAAAAGAUGUAUUACCGAAGCGAUCAACAGAAGGUGUCUACAGGAUUAACUGCACUUGUGGCAAAUAAUGUUGGGCAAACAGGACGAACGAUCAGCACGAGACUAAUAGAACAUCAGAGAAAUAUUAAAUACACGCGUGCCAACAAGAACACUCAAUUGAUUUUGAUAAUG